AUGACAUCAGGCGAGGGCCAGACGGAUAGGGCCACCAAAUUGCAGAACUGGGGCGAAGAAGGCAUGCGACAAGAGAAUGAUAGGAAGCUCGCGCUUAGAGAGAAGAGUGCCCCCCAAGAUAUCGAGUCACGACAAGUAGUCGAGGCCCAAGGGGCCCGUAAUUAUGAGGCGGAUGCUGUUGGGAUUCAGGCUCUGGGGGGCGCGUUGGGUGCUUCACAGGCAACGUUGAACGCUCCUCAUCAAACAACUGCUAUAACGGAGAAGCAUGUCACGCGCCCCCAUGUCGGAUCCAUCGAGGUUACUUCCGUGCAGUCUUUAGGCAACCCCAACAAUGCCCAUCGUGCGGUCGGACGAGCGGUCUCGCUCGACAAGCAGGCAGGGCAAAAGUCGGCCAGUGCAGCAGUCGGCAGGCUAUCUCUCAGCGCCAUAGCGACGCUUGCUACGUCCGAGCGUGAUCUGCUCGAUAGUGGCAAGACUGGAGCCAUACCUAGUAAUCCAUCUCUCCACCCUGACCUGCAGCCUCCUUUCGAACCAAACCAAGCAUCGUUACCAUAUUUGAAGCCCGACACUACCCGAUCCCGUCUCAAAAGACGCACCAAAGAAUCAUUGGUUAAGCCAAAGCCGAAGCGACUAAAUGCCAUGAAGGGUGUCAAGCUUAGCCAAUCCCGUAUUUUCGACGUGGAAGAGUACAAAGACUUCACUCUGCACCCAGACGGAUCCAUGACUUGUGUAGUGACCUGGACUCCUCAAACAGUGCAGCUUCGUGAUAUGCGUGGUUCGGAAGCCAUGGCUAUUUGCGAACGGGAAAUCACGUCGAAGUUUAGUGCUAAUAAGUGGGUGAAGCAGAAAGCUGCUUAUUUUGACAGGACUACAAAACGCAAGACUUAA